AUGUCUCAACAAGUACACAAGGAUCCUCGCUCACCAUCAAAUGGUGAUCAAUUGUUUUCUACAGCUUCAUCAAAUGUAUCAAAUGGUGAUCAAUCAAUCUGCGAUAGAGCUACUGUAAAUAAUUUGCUGGAUAGGAAGAUUAAUAAAGAUUCAUUACCUUCCUUAGCGGAGAGAAUUGAAGCUAGUUGUGUAUUGACUGCUGUUGGUGAUGCAAUUGGAUAUAGGAAUGGAACGUGGGAGUUUAACUUCUCCGGAGAGAGAAUUCAUAAGGAAUUAAAAGAUGAAUUUGGAGGAAAGAUUGCAAAUAUCGAUACUAAGUCAUGGAAAGUAUCUGAUGAUACGAUCUUUCAUUUGGCAACUCUAAAAACACUGACUCACAAAGAUUUGAAUCAAAUUCUCACACCAAAGCUUUCAAUUGGAUUCAAAGAUGAAGGAUUUAUGGAAUUGGUUGAUAAGAUUAUGGUUGUGAUGGUUCAGGAAUAUGUUGCAUGUUGGAAAGAUAUGGGAGAUAGAUCUCCAGGAAAGAAAUGCAGAGAUUCCAUCAAUUAUAUCAAACAAACAAGGAAGAAUAAGUGGGAUUCAUUGAAUUAUGAUUCUAGAGGAGGAGGUUGUGGGGGAAGUAUGAGAGCAAUGUCAAUUGGAUUGGCAUUUCAUGAUAAUUUGGAUUUGCUAAUUGCUAUUGGAAUUGAAUCUGGAAGAUUGACUCAUAAUCAC